GACUUUUAAUGACGUGGCCGUGGACUUUACCCAGGAUGAGUGGAAACAUCUGGAUCCUUCCCAGAAAGAGCUGUACAGAGAUGUGAUGCUGGAGAACUACCAGAACCUGCUCUCUCUGGGUAAGAGAGACCUCCUGUGGCUCACACUUUGUAUCUUGGAGUUCGCUUGCUGAAUGCUGGGGGACGUGGGGAUUUCUUAUAAGGGCUUGUUGGCCAAGGACAGACCUGGGGGUCUGGGAACUUUACCCUUUUUAGGGAAGAGAAUGGAACAAACACUUACCCUAUACCAGACACUCAGUGCUUUCUGGUUAUUAUCUCAUUUCAGAUGAGGAAACUGAGUCGGGCAGAGGCUUAGCUAUUUGUACACGCUCACUGAGCUGGUAAAGUUCUAUUUGAACUCAGAUUUUCCCGACUGUGUUAUCCCAUGGGCCACUCUCAAAAAGGAGCGAGCUUUGUAAAAGCCACUGGGGCUGGGCCUUCUGCACUUUCUGCUGCCUCAAGCCAAGGCUACCCUUCCCAUAUGUGAAUAACUGAGGAACUUCCCGGGAGGCAGUUGGGUAGGGCGGUGGUCCCAGCACUGGGCCCGGAGUCAGGGAAUGCCUGAGGUCAAACACUGCCUCCCUCACUGAGGUCCUGGGCAAGCCACUGGACUUCUCUGGACCUCUGUUUCCCCCUCUGCAAAAUGAGACGAUGGACUACGACCCCUUCAAUCCUGAGAGAUGGACAAAUGACCCGAUUUGUUUUCCAUCCUUAACUUUGAACUUUGUAUCCCCCUCAAAAGAAAAAAAAAAGCCCCUGUUUCCCAGGAAUUCCAUAGAAAACAUCUUUCUUUGUAUACCCUGUGGUCAUUCUGGGGUGCUUACAUGUCCCUGGAAAUGGAUAGGUGUUCCUGGAUUUGUUCCUCAGAACUUGUUGUUUUCCCCAAGUAGGGCUUCCAAUUUCCAAACCAGAUGUGAUCUCUCAGCUGGAGCAAGAAGAAGCGCCGAGGGUCCUGGAGGUCAAAGGGGUAGGAGAUUGGAAGACCAAGGCCAAAACAAAUGAAUCAGCUUCAAAAUUGGGCUUUACUAUGAAUAAAUCAUUCCAGGAAAGAACUCCAAGUCAUGGCCAUCAGGAUUCCAUAUCAAAAGAAACCUGUAAUUAUGCUACGGAGACACUUUCCCAGGAUAAUGAAUGUAAAAAACUUUUUAGCUGUGAUUCAAAUAUUCAGCAUCAUGGAAUACAUUUUGAAGAGAGAACUAAUGGGAAAGCAUUUCUCCAGGGAGAACAUCUUAGUAAACAGCAGAGAAUUUAUUCUAUAGAGAAACUUCAUAAAUGUAAUGAGUGUGGGAAAACUUUUAGCUGUAUCUCUUCUCUUGCUUUCCACCAGAGAAUUCAUACUGGAGAGAAACCUCAUGAAUGUAAUGAGUGUGGAGAGGCCUUUAGAUGGAGCUCACAACUGACUUACCACCAGAAAAUUCAUACUGGAGAAAAACCUUAUCAGUGUAAUGAAUGUGGGAAGACCUUUAUCCAGAGAACGCAGCUUACUUCCCAUCAGAGAAUUCAUACUGGAGAGAAACCUUAUAAAUGUAAUGAAUGUGGAGAGGCCUUUAGAUGGAGCUCACAACUGACUUACCACCAGACAGUUCAUACUGGAGAAAAACCUUAUCAGUGUAAUGAAUGUGGGAAAGCUUUUAGAUAUAGUCUAUCUCUUACUUACCACCAGAGACUUCAUACUGGAGAAAAACCUUUUGAAUGUAAUGAAUGUGGACAGGCCUUCAGGUCAAAUACAAAACUUAAUGAUCAUCAGAGAAUUCACACUGGAGAAAAACCUUAUCAAUGUAAUGAAUGUGGGAAGACCUUCAUCCAGAGCACACAGCUUACUUCCCAUCAGAGAAUACAUACUGGUGAGAAACCUUAUGAAUGUAAUGAAUGUGGGAAAGCUUUUAGCUCAAGGUCAUCCCUUACUUAUCAUCAGAGAAUUCAUACCGGAGAAAAGCCUUUUGAAUGUCAUGAAUGUGGACAAACCUUCAGGUCAAAUUCACACCUUACUUCCCAUCAGAGAAUUCAUACUGGAGAAAAACCUUAUGAAUGUCAUGAAUGUGGGCAAGCCUUCAGGUUAUAUAAACAGCUUAUUUCUCAUCAGAGAAUUCACACUGGAAAGAAACCUUAUGAAUGUGAUGAAUGUGGGAAAGCCUUUAGCUCAAGUUCAUCCUUUAUUUACCAUCAGAGAAUUCAUACUGGAGAAAAACCUUAUAAGUGUAAUGAAUGUGGGAAAGCUUUUAAUCAGACCGCACAACUUACUUUCCACCGUCUAAUUCACACUGGAGAGAAACCUUAUGAAUGUAAUGAAUGUGGAAAGGCCUUUAUUCAGAGGGCAAACCUUGAUGCACAUCAGAGAAUUCAUACUGGAGAAAAACCUUAUCGGUGUAAGGAAUGUGGGAAAGUUUUUAAGCACAACUCAUCCCUAAUUUACCACAAAAGGAGUCAUACUGGAGAAAAAUCUUAUUAGUGUAAUGAUUAUGGUCAAGUUCUUAGAUGAAACACACUUUCCAUGUCAGCAAAAAAUUCAUAAUAGAACUCUCUAGUCUUUUGAAAGGCACAAAACAUAGCAAUGAAAAAUUAAUAUUAUAGCAAAAAAAAUUAUAAUGGUGAAAAGGUCUUUGGACAGAGCAACAUUAUUGGAUAUCAUACAGUUCAUACUGGAGAGAACUUUUGUGGGAGUGGCCUUCAUCCAUAAAAUGUCUUCCAUUAUCAGAAUUCACACUGGAGAAAUCAAGUUAAUGUCGUGAAUGUGGGAGACACUUUAGCUGGAAGAUAUUCUUUCAGUAAUUUAAGAAUCUCAUUUUAAUGGGAUAUAAUAGAAACUGUAGCAAAGGAUUAUUUUUAAUUGUGAACCUUACUGAACUCGAUUGUGAAUUCAUAUUCAACAGAAGCUUUACAAACACUUCACUGACUGUUUCACAAAAUCACUCAAUCUCAGAGAUAGAAGGGAGUCAGAAACCAUUUAAUCCAGCCCAUACUAAAUAAAGAAUAUCUCAAGACAACACCCCUCCCCCCCAAUAAUCUUUUAACUUUUCCUACAAGAUCUCUGGUAAGGUAGAAUCCCAGUAUUUUCCAAAGCAACUCAUUCAACAUUGGGAAAGCUCUAAUUAUUAGGAAACUUCAUGUUCCCCUGAUUUUUCUUUUUGAUACACAUCAUCAGUUCCUUCAACUGGUUGCAUAUGACAUGAACUUGGCCUCUUUCACCAUCUUCAUUGACCUUCUUUGGACACAUUUUAUCCAUUUCUUUCUGAAAAUGUAAUGCUCAAUAGUUCAGGUGUGACUUGACCAGGGCAGUGUACAAGACUAUCACCUCUUUGUCUCUGAAAGCUGUGUCUCUCAAAGCAGCUGAAGCACUUCAUCCAGUGUGGUGCCCAUUGACUGAGCCAUGAUUUUUCUUUUAUCUUUCUUUUUCUAAAUCAUCUCAGGGAGUUGGUUUUCAUUUACUCUUCUUUGUCUAAAUAAAGCACACAUUUUCUUUCCCCAAUAGCAUUUUAUUUUUCCAAAUACAUUUAAAGCUAGUUUUCAACUUGAUUUUUGUAAAACAUUGUAUUCCAAAUUUUUCUCUCUCCCUCAUUCAUCUUCCUCCUCUUCAAGACAGUAAGCAAUCUGACAGUAUGUGCAAUUCUUCUAAACAUGUCUGUAUUUAUGUUGUGCAAGAAAAAACAGAUCAAAAGGGAAAAAAACACAAGAAAGAAAAAAAAAAGCAAGCAUAAAAACAACAAAAAAUGGUGAAACUAUGCUUCAAUCCCCAUUCAGUCUCCUUAGUUCCUUCUCUAGAUGUAGAUAGCAUUUUCCCUCCUAAGCCUAUUGCUGUUGCCUUGACUCUCCUCAUUGCUGAGAAGAGCUAAAUCCAUCAGAGUUGAUCAUCAUAUAAUCUUAUUGCUGUGUAUGAUGUUCUUCUGGUUCUGCUCACUUCACUCAGCAUCAGUUCAUGUCUUUCCAGGCUUUUCUGAAGUCAUCCUGCUGAUUAUUUCUUAUGGAACAAUAAUGUUCCAUUACAUUCACAUAUCAUAACUCAUUCAUUCAUUCCCCAGUUGAUGGACAUUCAUUCAAUUUCUAAUUACUUGACACUAUAAAAAAGAGUUAUAAAGCAAACAUUUUCUAACAUUCUCAUUAACAGGACUCACUCCCCCAAAUAGUUAAGCAAAUUCAACUCAGAAGACAUUUUUAUUACUUGUACAUCCCAUUUUCCUCUUCUGUAAUUUACCAUUAACAUAAAUUUCAUAAUUUAGUACCAACAUUUUCUUAUGUACAUGACCAUAGUUAUAUUGCAUUUUAAAAUUAUCUUCAUUCAAAUUGUAGUCAGUAUUCUAUACCUUCUUCUCUGUAUUAUUUCCUGUUUUCCCAUGUUCUUCUGAAUUUGUAUUCAUCACAGUAUAUUACAUUCAGAUACCAUCAUUUCUUCAGCCAUUUCAUUGGGCACAGCAUUUCAUUUUUCCUCAAAUUUUUGCUGUUAUAAGUAAUACUACUAAAAACCUUUUUUGUACAUAUGUGUUCUUUCUUACUGUUAUUAGCUUGUGGGACACAAUAGCAGUAAAGAGAUUAAUGAUGGCAUAGCUUUUUUGCUUUUUUUGUUGUUUGCUUCUUUUUUCUUCUUUUCCCCUUUUGAUAUGAUUUUUCUUGUACAGAAUAAGUGGAAAUAUAUUUAGAAGAAUUGCACAUGUUUAACCAAUAUUGGAUUACUUACUGUCCAGGGAAAGGGGAAGGUAGGAAGGAAAGGAGAAAAUUUUGGAAUACAAAGUUUUGCAAGGUUGAAUGUUGAAAACUAUUUUUGCAUAUAUUUUGAAAAAUAUAAAGAUACUAUUUUUAAAAAGUUUUGUAGAAACAAUAAAGAGACUGAUGAUGGCAGCUAAGUGACAUAGUAGAUAGAACAACCUGUCCUGGAUUAGAGAGGAUGUGAGUUCAGCUGUGGCUUCAGACACUGUGAACCUGGGCUAGUCACAACCCCAACAGUCUCUUUAAAAAACCCAAAACCAAAAUGAUGAAUUAAAAAAUAUUUUUAAAAAAUCUUCUUGUGUAAUUACAAAUUAUUUCCCAGAAUAGUAUAUACAUUCACAAUUAUACCAGCAGGAAAUUAGCCUGCUUGUCUAUCCACAGGUCCUCUACUAUUAAAUUUUAUUUUUUAUCAUUUAUUCUUUGCCAAUUUGACAUAUAUAAGAUGAUAGCUCAGCAUUGCACAAGUCAUUCCCCAUGCCUGGAGUGAAUGCUUUCAUCCUCUGACCCUAGAAAUCCUUCCCUUCAAGGAUCAGCUCAGGUACUACCUCCUAGGAAAAGCUCUUCCUGAACCUUCUAGUUGUUAAUAUUCUUUCCCUCCAAUUAUAAUUAUUUAUCUCUGUACAUGUGGUCUCUUGGCAGAAUGUAAGUUCUUUGAGGGUAGAGACAUUUACUUUAGUAUUCCUAACACUUGGCAAAGUGCCUUUGCACCUAUGAGUGCUUAAUAAUUUCUUUUGAUUUCUUAAAACUUUUUUCUCCUUAUGAACUUUAUUUUAUAUAAAAUUAAAACAAUCCUGUUUUAGUAAUUUAAAUUCUAGACAUUUCUGUACUUUGUAGAUAUGAUCAAUGGAUUUCUUUUUUUCUAUCAUUUCCUCUUUAUUUUUGUUAAUACUGUAUAGAAAUGCUAAUAACUUUUUGGAUUCAUUUUACAUCUGUUUCCUUAUUAAUCAUGUCUGGUUAUCUAAAUAAACAAUCAAGCAUGUAAA